GCUGCGUCAAGCGGGUUAAAUUCAAUCGGGCAGUGCACUCGAAGAAUUUUCAUCUGUAGUUCGUACGUAGUCGUCGUCGUCGAGUUAUAAAAGCUUAUGAAGCAUUGCUUUGAUCGCUAAUACAACGUACAUAGACACACGUACACGUAUAAAAUAUAAUAUACCUGCAUAUUACACAGUUGGGCACGCGCGCAUUUCACAUGUCGAUUGCGAUAUGUAUUUAUUAUUAUUUGUUUAAAAGCAAUGCGCGCGUAUAGAACGAAGAAUAGUUGAAUGAUAAGAGAAAAAUGAAUAAGUAUAUAUUAAAAUUAUAAACACGUGCGUCAUAAAACGUGUAUUUGUGUAUGCGCGUCUUCCAUUCUCAAGUCGAUCGAUUGUCGCUGCGUGUAUUUCGUACUACGAUCCAUGUACGAAACUUGAGUUAGCGAUAUUCGAACAUAACCUCAAAAAUCAACGACCUUUUUCCUCCGCAUUUUCUUGUCGUGCGGCAUAAAGAGGAAAAGGAAAAAGAAAAACAAAGAGAGAAACGCGUACCAUCCGCAUCCUUCAAGAGAUUUUGAUUUAAGGAUCGAUGUUGGAAUAUCAGAGUGAUCAUCAUCGAACGGAUCGAGGGUAAGGGAUAUACCAUCGAAUCUGAGGAGAGGGACGAAGGCCGAUUUUUUUGUGAAUCUUUCGAAUGACGUCAAUUGGAGAGAAGGUUAUUGCCAUGUCGAAAAUAGUCGAUAUUUUAAUAUAAGACAAGAGAAUGUUGGUGAGACAGACUUGAGGUGAAAUGUCCCGUAGUUUGCCAGAUAGAGUGGCAGGGCUAUAUUAUGCCCAUGGCCUAUUCUGUUCUUCGCAUCCCAUCCCAGUUAUCUCUUUGGCAAUAUCAAUUAUAUUAUUAUGCUGUUAUCCUUUAGUAAAUCUGCCAAUGCCAGGAAAUGCACCAAGAAUGAUACUUAAUCGUACGGUUCAAUCUACGAAUGCUACAGAAAAAUCAACUUUAUACAUUCAACAGGUUGUUCUAAGAAUUGGAGUGGUUCCAUGGGCAGAAGAUUUAUCAUUAAUGGAUGCAUUUAGAGGACCUUUAUACGAAAUAUUUAAUCUAUUGGAAAUUAUACAAAAUUAUCAGCACCCAGAAACCUUAAAAACACUUGGUCAAGUUUGCUUGCAUAUAGAGGCUGCCAAAAAAAGAAAUGGAAAGAAACCAGAGGUUUUACCGGAGUAUAAUUGUCUAGUACUCUCUCCUGCAAACUUAUGGCAACAAAGUAUUGAACUAUUUUCACAAGAUACUAAUCUUAUUGGAACAGUAUUUUCAUAUAAGAACUUACAAAAAGGUAAAGUUAGUUUAGCAGAAGUAAUGUUUGGCAUGAAUUUAAAAGAAACUGGAAUUAAGAGAUAUCCUGUACGUGUAAGACAAAGAAUUUUACAAUAUUCAGUCACCAUUUAUUUAAAGGAAUAUGAUGUUGAAUUUAUAAGAGGAUUAAAUCGUCGAUUGAAAAGUUAUUAUCGUCUUCAUCAAUCUGAAGAUAAUAUUACAGAUAUUGUGGCAGAUGAUGCGCUACAUAUUUUUUAUCCUGGAGAAUUUAAUUAUAGUGACUUCUUUCCCUUGAUGAUGACUUUCUUAGUAUUGCUUUUUUACAUUUAUUUUUCUGUGCGCAAAAUAGAACUUAUUAAAUCAAAAAUUGGAAUGGCAUUUAGUGCGUGUUUUACGGUGAUAGCAUCUCUUUCUAUGACCGUUGGUGUAUGUUUCUUUUUUGGUCUAACAUUGAGUUUAAGUGGAAAGGAAGUGUUUCCAUAUUUGGUAAUCAUUGUUGGUUUAGAAAAUGUAUUAGUGCUAACAAAAAGUGUAGUGAGUACUUCAGCCCAUUUGGAUGUAAAGAUUCGAGUUGCUCAAGGCUUGUCAAAAGAAGGAUGGUCCAUCACAAAAAAUUUGCUCACUGAAGUUACUAUUUUAACUAUUGGAUUGUUCACAUUUGUUCCUGCCAUUCAAGAAUUUUGUAUUUUCGCUAUUGUUGGAUUAUUGAAUGACUUCUUUCUUCAAAUGGUGUUUUUCUCAACAAUUCUUGCAAUUGAUAUUAGACGUACUGAACUUUCUGGUGAAAGUUCCAAAUUUCAUUUACCACACAUUCCAACAUCACGAAAACAGCAGUUUACUACAACUAUAACAACAAAUAGAAAACCUAAUAUAUUUCGUUCUAAGUCUCAUCCAAGGUUGAAUGGUUUGACCAGUGGACCGACUAACGUGAUAGCUCCAAAUACACAGAAUACUUAUAUAUUGGCAAAAUUACCUAAACGAUUACGAUUAGUUCAUUUUUGGGCACGUACACGUAUAUUUCAACGUGCAUUUAUGGUGUGGAUGGUAGUCUGGAUCAGUAUGAUCAUAUAUAACUCUGGAUUAAUUGAACAUGUUAUUCACUUAAGCGAUACAUUAAAAACGGAAACAGAUAUAGAUGGAUACACUAUAGAUAGACCAACGUUAAAUAAUUAUAUUGGAUUAGAUAAAAUAAAACGUUUACAGACAUCACCUAGUACUGUUACCCCAGAUCGUUUAAAUGAUAAUAAUGACCUGAUUAAUAAUGUAACAGAUGAGUUGAACAAAUUGAGACCUGUAGAUUUUCCACCUUGGAAUCGUUUAUCUCUUUAUCAUUGGUCUUCAAUUGUUUCAAUGUAUAAUAUUUCUGUAGCUGGUGAACAAGUAACAAUACUUCCAACAAUUAAAUUAUCUCACGCAGUUAGUCCACAAUUGGUUAGACAAAUUAGUAAUCCUAAUGAUGUACAACAGUUCCAGUGGCAAAGUUUUGCUACAGCUGCUCUUGACCCCUUGGAUUUUUCAGAUAUGGAAAUACCAACAAGAUCCGAAGGGCGUGGAUUUAACACAGAUGCACCCUUUGUACCAUCGAGUCCUAUGGAAAUAUUUUUAGCAGCUUUACUUUGUUUAGUUAGUGUUAUUGUUGUGGCUUAUACAAUGGUGGUUUUAUAUCGUUGCAUUUGCUCUAGAAAUUAUGCUGAAUGGAGAGCUAGUUGGCAUCAGCAGGAGAAGACACAAGAUUCAGUGACACAACUGGUCUUAGAAGCAGUGCCCUUAGUUCUAGAAGGUCAUACUCAAGAAGUCGAAUGUAUUGCUACAGAUGGCAAUACCAUUGCAAGUACUUGCUUGGCUGGACAUAUAAGAAUAUGGGAUUCAAUUUCUGGUGAACAGAUUGCUCAUAUCAACAGAAAGCAAUUCUUUGGUACACCUCAAAAAAAUUCAAAUCAAGCAACACAAGAUACAGAAGAACUUAUGUCAGAUUAUGAAAGUGGUUCUCCACCAUCCAGAGGUGAGAUAGAGAAUAUCAACUCACAAAAUUUAUACUCUGCACCAUAUUCAUCAAUAUAUCAUAGACGAUCAUCACCAGGACCUUGUUAUAUUCAACGAAUAAAUUAUGGAAAUAUUAACAAAAGACAUUCAAUGGGCAAUAAUUUAGAUUAUGAUUAUCAAAUAAAUGAAUUCAACAAUAUGGAGAAACAUAAAUCUUUGCGUAGAAAUUUGGAUAAUGCUUAUAAUUUACCUGAUUUAAAACCAACAAUUAAUAUAAAAUUUUCUUCCAUGAAGCAUUCAUCAGUACAGAAAAAUUAUGAUCAAGGUUAUGAUUUUGGUGAUAAAUAUAAAAAUCUAUUAAAUGAACAUAAUAGGACCAUAGAUGAAAUGCAAAAAUCUGAAAAUCAGGAUGAGUUAAAUAUAUGUAGAAAAUCAAAUAUUUCAGUAAAUGGUGCAGUUUUGUUAAAUGGAGAAAGACCAUUACAAUUGGCUCAAGGCAUUUCACCAAUUUGGUGCAUGGACUACCAAGAAAAUUUAAUUGUAGUUGGAUGUUCUAAUGGUAGCUUAGAAUUUUGGGAAGGUACAACUGGAAGAUUUAAAUGUUUGUUCGAUGAUGGAUCCGGUUUUGGGAUUUCUGCUGUUAAACUUAUAGGUAGCAGAGUAGUAGCUGCUAAAUUAAAUGGUUCCAUAGAUUUCUUACAACUUGAAAGUUAUAGCGAAGGCCAACAAAUUGAUUGGGGAUUUACAUCUUACAGAAGAACACAUGUUCGUACCGGUAGCGCUGGAUCACCUAUGGAUAUUAAUAAUGUCAUGCAAUCUGAAGAAGAUCUUCGUUGUAUGAAAAUUGGUUCGCAUAGAGCACAUCAACAAGUCAUAACGGUUUUAGAUUCUGAAGGAGGCCGUGUUUUAACAGGUAGUCAAGAUCACACUCUAAAAGUGUACAGGUUAGAAGACCAAUUACCAUUGUAUACUCUUCAUGGGCAUUGUGGACCAAUAUCUUGUUUAUUUGUGGACAGAAUUAGUCCUAUGACAUCCGCUAGUGGAUCUCAAGACGGUUUACUAUGUGUCUGGGAUCUUUUAACAGGAACAUGUAUGUAUAGCAUACAAGCACACGAUGGUGCUGUGGCAGCUAUUACAUGUUCAGUAUCGUAUGUAAUAAGUAUUGGAACUGAUGAAAAGUUGUGCGUUUGGGAACGGUUUCAAGGUCACUUAUUGCAUGCUCUUCCUGCACACAGAGCAGCUUAUAGUUUACAAAUAGUUAUGUUAACGCAUCAUCUACUCAUCGCCAGCAGCCAGGGAUCAUUAGUGGUAUGGGACGUGAGAACUGGCGAACCUGUUCGUGAAGUAAGAUUGGGUCAUAAAGACAGUUGUAUAUUCGUAAAGCAAAUGAUAACUUUAAAGGAUAGUGUAGUUUGUGAUUUUGGUCGGCAGUUAAGAAUCGUCAGAUUUCCAUUGGUUUCUGAUAAAUUAGAUUAAGUUUUGUGUAUGCACAUGUACAUAGCUUUGUUUUACGUUUACCUUCGAUUAUAAAUAUUAUACGAUACUCGAGUAAAAACAUGCUUUGCGUAAGCUUACUACAAUCUACAGCGAUUUUACAGGGAUAAAGAUUUUUUUACACUCGAUGUAUUUUAAACCUUCGAUUAAGCUAAGGCUACAUUUAUUAUUUUAAAAAUCUUUCGAUUAAAUUGUCCAUGGUAGGAUAUUUUGUUCGAAUUAUUUUAUGAUAUGACAAUAGUAAUUUAUUAUUAUUUUUUAAAUUAUCGUAACUAUUCAAAGAUUCAAGUAUGAAAAUAGUAAAAUCUAUUAUUGAUUUUUAUAAAAAAAGAAACUGCUCAUUACAUGAUUAACGAAUUAAAGAUUGUUGGAACUCCACGAAUUCUUUGGAUAUUUAACUACUUCUGAUAUUCUUCCAUCUAUUUAUUUUGAAAGAAAUGUUUUAAGUAAGAUUUGUUUUUUAAAAAAAACUAUUUAGAUAAAUACUUAUUUUAUUUCGUGGAGUAAUACAUUAUUGUCAUUUUUAAUGAAGUACAUGAAUCUAUGUACUAUUUAUAUUAACGUACUAUAUUUAUAUGUAUAUAUGUGUGUAUAUAUAUAUAUAUAUAUAUAUAUAUAUAUAUAUAUAUAAAAUCAUUAUUUUUAUAAAGUCGUAAUAUUUUAAACUAUCGUUGUUAUUAAUACUUGUGAUAUUAAACAUUGCAUCUGUCGAAAAUUAUUGGCUCUCUAAUGAGUCAGUAUCUUAUGUUCAAAAUGCAAAUUUAAAGUUUUUGCAUCAAAUACGUUGAUGACAUGAUAUGGAAGAAUAAGGAAGUAAACUAAUAUUAUCGUUGCUUGUUAAACGUUGAUAAGUUUGCAAAAAGCUUGCGAAAGCAAUUAACGAAGUUUAUGUUACUCGUUGAAAGUCGAUAAAAACGUAAUAUUAUUUAUGCAUAUAUAUAUACACUUAUAAUUUAUAUAUCAUCCAGAUAAAUAUAUGUAAGAUAAAAAAAUCGAAUUGAUGUAUAGACAGUCCUCCUAAAAUAAUUUGGAUCUCUCAUUGCACACUCUUGUGGACGUCUAUUAAAUAAUACUACAUAACGCGAUUAACGAAGUUAUUAUUUUUUUAUUCUAAAAGAAAUCUCAUAAUUGUUCAAAUUCGAAAAUGUAUUUACUUUCGUUCAUACCUUAGCACGAGGACUAUCUACACAUUACAUUUUUUACAACGUAAAUUAUUGAAAAGUCACUCAUGACAUUAAGAUUUUUCUCAUUUUUGUCGAUGAAAUCGAAUUUCAUUAUGCACAAUGUUUCAUUUUUACUUAUACAAGUGCCUUCGCAUCUAUCAUUGUAAUUUUCAUUCGUAUAUACUACUGUAUUUACUACAAUACAUAUAUAUAUAUAUAUAUAUAUAUAUAUAUAUAUAUAUAUAUAUAGAGAGAGAGAGAGAGAAUAAUGUGACGAAAAAGAGUUGAUCUCAAUCUUUUGUUACGUAGUACGUAGAUAUUGUUCUAUCGAAAAAAAAAAAGAGAAAAAAAGAAAAGACAUUUUAAUUAUUAUAUAUUAAAAUAGAAUACAUAUAUAAAAAUAUGCACACACUAGUGAUACGUACUACGUAGUUAAAGUAAGAUCCAAUCGAAGAGAAAUUUUUUGAAAUCGAUUAUAAAUCAGUCGAGAUUGCUAUAGCGUUCUAUUCAAAUCAUUCGAAUGGGUUCCAACAAACUAAAUAUUACGGUCAUCCUCGCUGAAAGAAAAAAACAAAUGAGUCAGGUCCUACUUAGACUAUAAGGAUCUAUAUUUUUCUAAUCGUCGAACUAGAUUACAUGAAAAUUCAUAUUUUAUGGCGAAAUAACAUAAACUAUGAAUUUCAUUGUUAUGAUUUAAUUUUUUAACAACAAUAAAAUGACACUGUAUCGAUUUAUUAAUAUUUAAAUAAACUAAAGAAAGUCGACAGAAAAGAUCGGUUGUACGAAGGGAUCGCAUAUAGAGUACAUUGAGUUUCAUCUCUGCAAUAUUAUAUUUUACAUAUUAUACCUUGAUGAAUGUUACUGCAGUAUCGAGAAUGAUAGAUGAAAAAACGAAUGAACGAUAUGUUAAGAGAGAGGAAGAGAGAGAGUGUGAGAGAGAGAGAGAGAGAGAGAAGUACGUGCGUCUUUUAUGGAUGAUAUAAAAAAAAGGAAUAUUAUCAAUAGGUCAACUAUGUAACAAUGAUAAUCGCCUCUAGACUGAAUGUAUGUACUAUAUAUCGUGACAGUUUAUACAUACUUAGGAAAAAUCUUUUAUUUUCUGAUAUCCUAUUUGAGAGAGCGAAUAGUGAGACCCACUAAACGAAAUCAUCGUUUGCUUAGCUAGAAUUAUAUAUUUUUCUUAACCAAAGUUGUACGUACGUUGUUUAAAAUAAACGAUGCGUCUCGACAUGUGAUAGGAAAUGACGAACGAAAGGAAAAGGAAAAAUAAAAGAAAAAAGAAAAAAAAAUGAAACAAAUAAAAUAAAAGAAAAAUAACAAUGAAAAGGAAGAAAAAGAAAAGAAAAUGCUUCUAACGACACCGUUGGCUGGCUAACGAUCACGCGUGAUUUUUGUAUUUAUUAUUAAAUUAAUUUAACGCAUAAUCUAACGCAUAAUUAACUAUCGUUCUUAAUAAAAAUAAAAUUCAAAAAAAAAUAAAUCAAAAAAAAU